AUGAUACCUAAUGGAUAAAGUUAAUUCCUGAUUUUUCCGAUGUAAUUAAAAAAUAAAUAUUACCCUAUUGUGUUUGUUAUUCUCUUUACAUUAAUUCAACAAUCUUUGACAUUUUUUAGUUCAUCCAUAAUUGCCAUUAUUUACUUUUUAUUUAAAAAUAGAUUUUCCUUUUAAAUAGCAGUAAGAAUAAUUCAUUAAUUAAGACUAUUGAAUAAUUAGAAAAGGGAAUGAUUUUUUAAUCUUUUAUAGAUAGAAUAGAUUUUAAAAGAAUUUCUAAUUAUUAAGAUUAAUUAGAGCCAAGUGUUGAUUCUAGAGAAUUACCAUAUCUUGAAACCCCUCCUGCUAGGUAAAAUUAAUAAAUUAUAUAUUUUUUAUAAUAGAUUAACUAUGGAUGGAAGUGCUCCAUUUCCACCAUCUCUUGUAUUAUAAGAAUUGUAGAAGUAAUUGAACUUUUAAGAUAAUUAAAAUCAUGAACAAGUUUAAGAAGAUGAAGAAUAAAAAUAAAUUGAAUAAAAACAAUAAGAAAAAGAUUAAGAAUUCGAUUAAGAUCUUUGA